GACAAGGCUCCUCACGUUGGGGGCAAGGUUCCUCACGCUGAGGACAAGAUUUCUAACGCUGAGGACAAGGUUCCUCACGCUGAAGACAAGGUUCGUCACGCUGAGCACAACAUUCCUCGCGCUGAGGACAAGGUACAUCACACUGAGGACAAGGUACCUCACACUGAGGACAAGGUUCCUCAAGCUGAGGACAAGGUUCCUCAAGCUGAUGACAAAGUACCUCAAACUGAGGACAAGGUACUUCACACUGAGGACAAGGUUCCUCACGCUGAUUACAAGGUUCCUCACGCUGAAGAGAAGGUUGCUCACGCAGAGGACAAGGUUGCUCACGCAGAGGACAAGGUUGCUCACGCUGAGGACAAGGUACCUCACACUGACGACAAGGUUCCUCACGCUGAGGGCAAGGUUCCUCACGCUGAGGACAAGGUACCUCACACUGACGACAAGGUUCCUCACUCUGAGGAAAAGGUUCCUUACGCUGAGGACAAGGUUGCUCAAGCUGUGCACAAAGUGUCUCACACUGAGGACAAGGUACCUCACACUGAGGACAAUUUUCCUCACGCUGAGAAAAAAUGUUCCUCACGGUGAGGACAAGGUUCCUCACGCUGAGGACAAGGUUCCUCACGCUGAGGACUAGGUUCCUCACGCUGAGGACAAGAAUCCUCACGCUGACGACAAGGUACCUCACACUGAGGACAAGGUUCUUCACGCUGAAGACAAGAUUCCUCACGCUGAGGACAAGGUUCCUCACGCUGAGGACAAGGGUCCUCACGCUGAGGACAAGGUUCCUCACGCAGAGGAGACCAUUCCUCACGCACAUGACAAGGUGCCUCACGCUGAGGACAAGUUACCUCACACUGUGGACAAGGUUCCACACGCUGAGGACAAGGUUCCUCACGCUGAGGACAAGGUACCUCACACUGUAGACAAGGUACCUCACACUGAGGACCAAGUCCCUCACACUGAGGACAAGGUUCCUCACGCUGAGGACAAGGUUCCUCACACGGAGUACAAGGUACAUCAUGCCGAGGACAAGGUUCCUCACGCUGAGGACAGGGGUCCUCACGCUGAGGACAAUGUACCUUACACUAAGGACAAGGUUCCUCAAGCUGAGGACAAGGUUCCUCGAGCUGAGGACACGGCACCUCACCCUGAGGACAACGUAAAUCACUCUGAGGACAAGGUUCCUCACGCUGCGGACAAGGUUCCUCACGGUGAGGACAAGGUUCCUCACGCUGAGGACAAGGUUCCUCCCGCUAAAGACAAGGUUCCUCACGCUGAGUACAACGUUCCUCACGCUGAGGACAAGGUACCUCACACUGAGGACAAGGUACCUCACACUGAGGACAAAGUUCUUCAUGCUGAGGACAAGGUUCCUCACACUGAGGACAAGUUUCCUCACGCUGUGGACAAGGUUCCUCAAGCUGACUACAAAGCCCUUCACACUGAAGACAAGGUACCUCACACCGAGGACAAGGUUCCUCACGCUCAGGACAAGGUUCCUCACGGUGCGGACAAGGUUCGACACGUUGAGGAAAAGGUUCCUCACGCUGAAGACAAGGUUCCUCGCGCUGAGGACAAGGUACCUCACACUGAGGACAAGGUUCCUCACGCUGAGGACAAGGUUCCUCACGCUGAGGACAAGGUUCCUCACGCUGAGGACAAGGUUCCUUACGCUGAGUACAAGGUUCCUCACGCUGAGGACAAGGUACCUCAUGCUGAGGACAAGGUUCCUCACGCUGAGGACAUGGUUCCUCACACUGAGGACAAGGUACCUCCCACUGAGGACAAGGUUCCUUGCGCAGAGGAGACUAUUCCUCACGCAGAUGACAAGGUGCCUCAAGCUGAGGACAAAUUACCUCACACGGAGGACAAGUUUCCACACGCUGAGGACAAGGUUCCUCACGCUGAGGACAAGGUACCUCACACUGUAGACAAGGUACCUCACACUGAGGACCAAGUCCCUCACACUGAGGACAAGGUUCCUCACGCUGAGGACAAGGUUCCUCACGAUGAAGACAAGGUUCCUGACGCUGAGCACAACGUUCCUCACGCUCAGGACAAGGUACCUCACACUGAGGACAAGGGACCUCACACUGAGGACAAGGUUCCUCACGCUGAGGACAAGGUUCCUCACGCUGAGGACAAGGGUCCUCACGCUGAGGACAAUGUACCUCACACUGAGGACAAGGUGCCUCAAGCUGAGGACCGGUUCCUCAAGCUGAGGACCGGUACCUCACCCUGAGGACAAGCUACCUCACACUGAGGACAAGGUUCCUCAAACUGACGACAAGGUUGCUCACGCUGAGGAGAAGGUUGCUCACGCUGAGGACAAAGUUACCCACGCAGAGGACAAGGUUGGUCACGCUGAGGGCAAGGUACCUCACACUGACGACAAGGAUCCUCACGCUGAGGACAAGGUACCUCACGCAGAGGACAAGGUUGCUCACGCUGAGGACAAGGUACCUCACACUGACGACAAGGUUCCUCACGCUGAGGACAAGGUUCCUCACGCAGAGGACAAGGUUCCUCACGUUGUGGACAAGGUUCCUCAGGCAGAGGAGACGAUAACUCACGCUGAUGUCAAAGUACCUCACACUGACGACAAGGAUCCUCACGCUGAGGACAAGGUACCUCACGGAGAGGACAAGGUUGCUCACGCUGAGGACAAGGUACCUCACACUGACGACAAGGAUCCUCACGCUGAGGACAAGUUACCUCAUACUGAGGACAAGGUUCUUCACGCUGAGGACAAGGUUCCUCACGCUGAGGACAAGGUUCCUCACGCUGAGGACAAGGUUCCUCACACGGAGGACAAGGUUCCUCAUGCUGAGGACAAGGUUCCUCACGACGAGGACAAGGUUCCUCACGCUGAGGACAAGGGUCCUCACGCUGAGGACUAUGUACCUCACACUGAGGACAAGGUUCCUCAAGCUGAGGACAAGGUACCUCACUCUGAGGAUAAGGUACCUCACAGUGAGGACAAGGUUCCUCACGCUGAGGGCAAGGUUCCUCCCGCUGAGGAGAAGGUUCCUCACGCUGAGGACAAGGUACUUCACACUGAAGACAAGGUUCCUCAAGCUGAGCAGAAGGUAGCUCACACUGAGGACAAGGUUAUUCACGCUGAGGACAAGAUUCCUCACGCUGAGCACAAGGUGCGUCACGCUGAGAACAAGGAUCCUCCCGCUGAGGGGAAAGUUCCUCACGCUGAAAACAAGGUUCCUCACGCUGAGGUCAAGGUUCCUCACUCUAAGGACAAGCUUCCUCAUGCCGAGGAUAAGGUUGCUCACGCUUAAGACAAGCUUCCUCACCCUGAGGACACGGAUCCUCACGCUGAAGACAAGGUUCCUCACGCUGAGGACAAGGUUCCUCCUGCUGAGGACAAGGUUCCCACGCUGAGGACAAGGUUCUUCACGCUAAAGACAUGCAAGGAUGCUCACGCUGAGGACAAGGUUCCUCACGCUGUGGACAACGUUCCAUAAGCUGAGGACAUUGCUUCUCACGCUGAGAACAGGGUUCCUCACGCUGAGGACAAGGUUGCUCACGCUUAAGACUAGGUUCGUCACGCUGAGGACACGCAUCCUCACGCUGAGGACAAUGUUGCUCACGCUGAGGACAAUGUUGCUCCCGCUGAGGACAAGGUUCCCACGCUGAGGACAAGGUUCCUCACGCUGAGGGCCAGAUUCUUCACGCUGAGUACAAGGUUCCUCACGCUGAGGACAAGGUUCCUCACUUUGAGGACAAGGUUCCUCACGCCGAGGACAACGUUCCUCACGCUGAGAACAAGGUUCCUCACCGGAGGACAAGUUUACUCACGCUGAGGACAAGGUUCGUCACGCUGAGGACAAGGUUCAUCACGCUGAGGGCAAGAUUCCUCACGCUGAAGACAAGGUUCCUCACGCUGACGACAAUGUUCCUCAUGCUGAGAACAACAUUCCUCACGCUGAGGACAAGGUUCCUCACGCUAAGGACAAGGAUGCUCAGGCUGAGAACAACGUUCCUCACCCUGAAGACAAGGUUCCUCACGCUGAUGACAAGGCUCCUCAUGUUGAGGACAAGGUCCUUUACGCUGAGCACAACGUUCCUCAAGCUGAGGACAAGGUUCCUCACGCUGAGGGCAAGAUUCCUCACGCUGAGGACCAGGUUCCUCACGCUGAGGACAAGGUUCCUCACGCUGAUGACAAGGCUCCUCACCCUGAGGACAAGGUUCCUCAAGCUGAGGACAAGUUGCGUCACGUUCAGGACAAUUUUCCUCAAGCUGCGAACAAGGUUCCUUGCGAUGUGGACAAGGUUCCUGACGCUGCGGACAUGCUUCGUCACGCUGAGAACAAGGUUCCUCACGCUGAGGACAAGGUUCCUCACGCUGAGGACAACGUUUCCCACUUUGUGUCCUCAGAGUGA